CCUCGGAUCCUGUUUCUGUGUGCGAUCUAACGGUGUGUGCGUGCGUGCGUGCGUGUGUGUGCGCGUGUGUGUGUGUGUGCACGCACAUAUGGCCAUCACACGAGCCUCAGUCGGUGUUAGUACAGUUUCUUUGUUUGCUCCACUGUGUAGCCAUGCGCACUUAAUACGAGCCUGUGAGGAUCAGGACUAGCGGGAUUGAUCUCUCUCUCUCCUCUCCUCCUCUCAUCUCCUCACCUCCUCUCUCAUAUCCUCUCCUCUCCUCUCCGUGUGAGAAGGCGGAAGAAUGAUCGCAUCCUUAUCCAAAGGAAAUUUCCUCGAUGUGCUGCAGGAGGGAUUCAAUGAGCAACAACUGGUGGCGUAUGUGUCGUGGGUGAAUGCUCAGCUGAGGAAGAAGCCCGAUCUGAAGCCCGUGAGUGAUCUGCGGCAGGAUCUCCGGGACGGAGUGGUGCUCGCACAUCUCAUUGAGAUAGUGGCUGGCGAGCUCCUUGAGGGUAUUCACUAUUCACCAAAGGACAACCAAGAGAAGAGAGAAAAUGUGGAGAAGGUUUUGCAGUUUGUGUCCUCCAAGCGGAUACGCAUGCCCCAGACGUCUGCCAGAGACAUCAUGGAAGGGAACCUCAAAUCUGCCAUGAGGCUCAUCCUGGCUCUAGCAGCACAUUUUAAGCCAUCUGCCUCAGCCAAUCACAGAGCAGGAGCUGCUUUGGGUAGAAACUCGAUCGCCUCCUCAGCCAAUCACAGACCUCAUUCCGCUAUGGCCAUGGCCCAGAAUGCAGCAGCGGCUCUAGCAGCUGCCCGGAACGAUGCGUCUCGCUCAGGCCGCAGCGUUCAUCAGCUCAGACAGGACUGGCACAGGCAAAGCUCCAGUGCUGAUGAGGAGAUUGAGAACCCAUGCUGGAGUGUGCGGGCUUUGGUCCAGCAGUAUGAGGGACAGGGAGGAGCCGGUGUGGACGACACAGAGACGGAAGACCCAAGCUUGAGCACCUCCAGCCCCAACCACACACCCAAAGACCCCACAAGCCUCUCAGAGGACAAGGGACAGCUUUUGAGUAUCCAAUUAGGACACACCAAAGACAAUAUGACAAGUGGCCCAGGAGCAGCCCAGGAGUAUGAUGGGAGGUGUGUGAGUAACUUUGCCUGGGAGGAGCAACUGUGGGAGCAGCAGGAGCAGUUAGAGAUAGAGAUGGUGGAGGCCAGGAAAAUGGUGUCCAGCUUACAGGCUUUGCUUCUCCAUGGCUCGUUGCCUGACGAUGAGCAGGAGGUUUCACUGAGCUUGGGCGAGGGAGUGGAAAAUGCAGAGCAACAACUGGUAAUAAUCCGCAGUCGUCUUGACCAGAGCAUGGAGGAGAGUCUGGAGCUGAAGAGGGAGCUGUUGAAGUACAAGCAGGAGGCACGCAACCUACAAGGAGUCAAAGAUGCUCUCCAGCAGCGCAUGACCGCGCAGGAGUCGUCUGUGUUACAGCUCAAACAGGAGCUCCUGCGCACCAGCAUGAACCGUGAUGAACUGGCAGCACAAAACGCAGAGCUUCAUAAGAAGCUAGAAGAGAGGAACAGGCUUCUCAGUGAAUAUAAGAAAGAUUUAGGGCAGAAGGAUCGCCAGCUUCAGCAACAGCAGUUCAAACUGGAUGAAGCGCUACGCAAGCUGACAGACAGCAACAACCAGCAGGCUGACCUGCAGAGGGAGCUGGAGCACAAGCAGAGGAUUCUUCAGGACCUGACUGAUCGUGACGAGGAUGAGCUGCCUGGAUCUCCGAGCAACGGCUACACACAUCCAGCAGCACCAGAGCUCAGCACAGCACGAUCACACAAAGGAAUGGAGGAGCUACAGUUGGUGCGGGAUGCUCUGCGCAGUCUGAGGAACAGCUUCGGAGGCCAUGACCCUCAGCACCACACACUGGACACACUGGAGCAGGGAAUGGCCAGCCUUAUGGACCGCCUCUACACACUGGAGUCACGGAGCAGACAGGAGAGGAAGACAAGGGCAAGGUCUCCAGGACACAAGGCCACUCACACAGACAGGGACUCCUGGCCAUCCAGCACCAAAAUGGUCCACUCUCACAGCAGCCCUAUGCUUACCUCCUCAUCCUCCACCAAAGUCCUCUACUUCACAGACCGCUCACUCACACCCUUCAUGAUCAACAUCCCUAAGAGGUUGGGAGAAAUUACCCUUCGAGACUUUAAAGUGGCUAUAGAUCGUGAGGGCAGUUACAGAUACCAUUUUAAAGCUCUGGACCCCGAGUUCGGCACUGUGAAAGAGGAGGUGUUCCAGGACGAGGCGGUGGUGCCCGGCUGGGAGGGCAAGAUCGUGGCAUGGGUGGAGGAGGAUCAUGGCGAGGGGAGGAUCUAACAGGAAGCCUGAGAAAAGCCCCGCUGGGAUCAGAUGUGAUGGGAAGGAUGAGCCGGGCCAGUCUGUCAGAAUAAAUGUACUUGUCCCGGAUGUACAGAUGCACGGCUCUCUCACUUGGAAUUCUAAAAUCUUCCUGUUCUGUGUACGUCUGUCUUUCUGUAUGAGUCAAGUGAGAGCGGGACAACAGAAGGGACACCAGGGGGUUAAUUAGAUGUGCAGAACGUUUUCCUGUCCAUUCUGUUCUCAGAACAGCUGUCUACAGAAAAACAGGCUCCGCGCCAGUGACUAAUCUGAGGAGCUUUUCCUUAACAAGUUGCCAUACUGCAGACAUCUGUAGUGUCAAAUUAGUGUUUCACUGUGACCAUAAGAACUUCUGUUUAGACUUUUAAAGAGCUUAUCGUCUUAAAUCUUGUAUUUUAUAGAUGACCAGCCAGAGAUUUAUACUUUUUUGCAGUGGAAAGACAGUUUAUGAGCAGAUGUGUGUGUGUUAUUAUGACAUGAAGAGUAAGUGAACACAGUGGUGUGUAAUAUGUUUAAAGAUUUUUAGAAGGGUUUGUGUAGUUUUUCUGCCUUAAAUUGAUCGCUUUUUAAAACCAAACCCAGUUCACGUUAUCUAGCUAAGAUUAUCGAUAACUAUUGACACUGUAGUAACAAGGUAAAGUGUCAAAUACACCAGCUGCCUACAGCAUGAAGCGCUGAAGGAAUUUUACGUACAAUAUGAUGUCAGCCAAACUGACCGAUGUCACGUUAGAAGAGGUGUGUGUAAAGUUAAAGGUAUACGCUGCCUUCAGUGAAGGCCAGGCCCAUACCAGCAAUUUACCAAAUUUUUCCCUAUUUCAUCCUCUUUGUCAGUUAACUUUGUGAAGUUUGAGUUUUCCGGAGCAUUAUUUUGUAAAAAUGUGUAUUCCAAAUUAUCAAGAAUCUAAUGGCAGAUAAAUAACAAGGCUUUACUUCUGUUUCUCAAUACACAGCUCAAGCACUGAGGUUACAGGACCAAAGUGAGGUUAAUAUAUUAAACAUGCUGGUUUAAUACUAUAUAAAUAAGGUCUAGUCUGAGUGUUUCUUAACACCAAGAGUGUGUGAAAUGGACUUGUGCUCCUGGGAACAGUGAUUUGCAUUUUAAGAAAGCAUUAGCGAGAAAAGAGAUGAUAUUUAAAGAAUAAAACACUUGGAGACAUUCUGUUAUAGAAAAAUAAUCAAUAAUGAGGUGGUGUGAUGCAGCCUGUGGCCAAAUGGAGUUACUGUUACCACCCAAGUUGAUUAUUUUUCCAAUAACAGCAUGUCCUGGCAUGUUUUAUUUCUGUUAUACUGCAGCAAUUUCCAGACUAUUACAGUUUUUUAAUUUAUUAAAGAAUGUCAUACUUUUUGUCUGUUUACAGUUACAUUUAAUGUUGUGGAACAUCAGACAAACAAGUUAAUUCCAGUUAUCACUUACGCUAUAGUUGCACCUCAUUUUUUCUUGAAGUUAAUACGACAAAAAUAGGAGCUUGUUGGCAAGAAACUGCAACACAAUUGGCAGGAACUUAAGCUUUACCUCUGACUGUUACAAAGUACUGACACUGGAGACUCCUUCCGUAAAUGUUAACUAAAUGUCUCCUCACAGAAAGAUUCACCGUUAUACGCUUUUCUUUGUUCUUUGUUAAAUAACAGCACAUUUUAAUGUAUUUGUUAUUAGGCUUAGAUUUUGUGGAGCAUCCGCUGUACAAGUCGUAGAGUGAGGAAUGAGCUGUUACUAUGGAAAUGAUAAUGCAUUUGAGCACAUUAAUAUAAACCUGUUGUGACAUCUUUUUUCACAAUUUUGAUAUCAUAUCAUCGUAUUACCCGCUCCUAACAGAGAAUCCAGCUUUUAAAGUCUGAGAGGCGAUUCAUACUUGUGCUAGCAACUUCCAGGUAGCUACAUCUAACACAGGAGGUUUUUGCUAGGAGCAGAUAUUCCAUCGCAACAUUCCCCAUUUCUCACCUCUCAUUUUUCAGAUUUACUGUUUAGUUAAAAGAGCUGAAAGAUGAGAUGCUAAGAGAUGUUAAGAGAUGCCUCCUCCACCAAUGGUAUGUUAUUGCAAUGAAUUAUGGGUCUUUGAGUUCAUUGUAGGUAGUAAGGCAGCAACCAGUGCACCUUCAAAGUUUGGGUAGUAUCAUGGACACUCUUAUUUUACUCACUCUUGGUUACUCGCGUUUGUCAGUGUUGUAACUGGACAUGGGCAGUAAGAGAUGACAACAAUGAGUGCAUGGGAAUGAAGGAACAAAUUAAAACGCACACUGAGAAACACCCAGAGGAUUAAAAAAAAAAAAACAAAUAAAGUGUAAAAGCUCAGUAUGUCUGCCUCAUCUUAAACCAUCUGUAGGCAUCUCUGUUAGCUGAAGUUGUGUCCGUUUCUGAGUGAUAGGACAGAGCUGCAAUUACAUUGCACUGAUUUGGAAACUGUAGCAGAGUUUACAGAGGAGAACCCGGUUGUGCCUGGACUGAACUAUACCUGAACCGGUAAAAGAUUUGUACCAGAGUGUUGCUUUUACUUUUUAAAUAUGUAUGUAAAUAUGUUUAUUUUUCAGAAAGAGAGGCUUGAUAUGAUUUUAUAUGAUCAGUGUUCUAUGAAUUAUGAAUGUUUAAAAGAAAUGUUUGCAUUCACGAAGAAGAUUUUGCAUUUUGUUUUACUGCAAGUUGCUAUUUUUUUUUAGACAUAUGAUUUCAUGUACUGUUCAGUGUUGCACUUGAAACCUUGGUAAUGUCACUCGGAUAACAUUCCUACUAGUGAUUGUUAAUAACAUUGGAUUUUGGAUUGCAAAUAAACAAUGUGAAUAUCAA